AUGAAUAAAACCAUUGGCAUUUCUUGCUGUUCUGAGAACAAUUUCAACAUAUUUUCUAACAUGUUUUCACUUCUACGCACAGAAAAUCAGAUUCCAGAAGUCUCUGAAAACUUUCUCCUUCCUUCACCAUUCGGAUUACAACAAGCUAGUGUUGGUAAUGAAGUUUCAGCCACACUUAGUGAAAAGAAGCCUAAAAAGAAGCACAGAAGACCUAAAAAGAUCACAGCUUGCCCUCAUAUAUAUAAAAAGCACUACGCCAGGAAUAUGUGCAAUGCUUGCUAUCAUCGUUUCGGAAGAGAAAAGAACGCAUGGAGCUGCAAGCAUGUUGAGAGGAAGCAUUAUGCAAAGGGGAAAUGCGAAGCUUGCUACAUUAAGGAGUAUAUGAGCUCCAAUAAUUCUUAG